AUGCCCGCGUUCCGCAAGACCGAGCGCCGCGCCCUGAUGGCCGAGCGGCGCCCCAGCGCGUCGUACAUCCCCGCAGUCAUCCCGCCGCUCAGCGGGCUCGAGAAGCCCAACGCCCACAGCUUGGCGCUCGAGCAGUGCGACAUCCUCAUCCUCGGCACCGGGCUCGUGGAGUCCAUCUUGGCGGCCGCGCUCGCGUGGCAGGGCGUGGCCGUGUUGCACAUCGACCGAAACCCCCACUACGGCGACACGGCGCCCACGCUCACCAUCGAGCAGUUGAAGCGGUGGUGCGUGGAGGCCAACCAGGGCCAGGUGGCGCACGUGUCGGACGCGCAGAUCUACGUGCCUGGCGGCGAACGCACCAACGCGUUCAGCAGCACGGACUACGGCGUGGACCUCAGCCCCAAGGUGAUGUUUGCGCAGCUGGACUUGUUGGCGUUGCUCGUGCGCCUGAAGGUGUACCGGUACGUGGAGUUCCAGAGCGUGUCCAACUUCCACAUGUUCGAGAACGACCACUUCCUGCUGAAGUUGACCGGCGCGUCGCAGGAGCAGAUCUUCACGGACCAGCAGUUGCUGGUGGCCACCAAGCGCUCGUUGAUGCGCUUCUUGAAGUUCGUGUUGCAGGACAACGCCGCGCCGCACAAGGCCGCGCUCCUCGCGGCGCACGCCGCCACGCCCAUCGGCGACUUCUUGCGCCGCCAGUUCCACCUCGCGCCGCCGCAGGCCGACGAGCUCCCGCCCGCACACGCGCACGCCCGAGGCCGCUUCCUCGUGUCGCUCGACGUCUACGGCAAGUUCCCCGUGAUGGUGCUGAGGUACGGCGGCCCGGGCGAGUUGGCCCAGGGCUUCUGCCGCAGCGCGGCCGUCGCGGGCGCCACCUACAAGCUCGCCACGCGCCUCGUGGACUACGACCCGCAGGCCAAGGUCGCGCGCUUCGACGACGGCUCGCGCGUGCGCAUCAACGAGAAGAUCGUGGUGCUGCCCAACCAGGUGCCGCGCUUCUUGCAGUCCGGCUACGCCGAGGCCGCGGCGCGCUUGCCGCCGUUCUCCGUGACGCGCCUCGUGGCCAUCGUGCGCAACGCCUGCGCUGAGUGGAUGGCCGCGUCCGAGUCCAGCGCCGUGGUGGUGUUCCCGCCGCACUCCUUGCCCACGCACAACCAGCACGCGGUGCAGGCCCUCAUCCAGAACGGCGGCGCCGGCGUGUGCCCCGCGGGCGAGGCCAUCUGGUACUUGCACACGCCCGAGCCGCACGCCGCCAAGGCCAAGGCCGACUUGGAGAGCGCGUUUGCCAAGAUGGAGAACGCCCUUUUGCGCGAGAGCGCCACCAACCUCGACGACGUGCUCGACGACAAGGACUUCGUGCUCAGCCAGCAGGGCACCCCCAUCUUGGUCAACUCGUUCAAGUUGGGCGAGUCCUUGCUGAGCUUCGUGCCCACGCAGGCCUUGGACAUCGUGUGCAAAAUCGGCUUCGUGCAGAAGACCUACAUCAACCCGGACCUCUCCAACGUGUUGGCGCCCGAGGCCACGCUGCAGCUCAACAUCUCCAACUUGGGCGUCCGGGACUCCGCCGACAUCAUGUUCCUGAACAUGCCCUCCGCCGAGAUCAGCUACGACGGCGUCGUGGGCGAGGUCAAGCUGUUGUACCAGCGCAUCACCGGCUCGUGCGACGACUUUUUCGACGUCGACUUCGAGGACGAUGAGGACGACGACGCCGCCGACUUGCCGCGCCUGGCCGCCGCCGCGCACGCCGCCCUGGACAACGACCUGGCCAUCGAUGACGACUACGACUCCGCGCCCCACGAGCCCUUUGGCGCCGACGAGAUGGAGCUCUGA